AGCGCGUCGUCCACUGGCUCACAGCCAUCCCCCUCCCAUCAGCUCGAGCCGCAACAGAGCCAAUGGCAGAUCGAGCCAUCACACCACCGCCGAGUGGCGUCUACGGUCAGGCACUGAGCCUGACGCCGGAGCAAGUGAGGCAGCGUGAAGCGAACCGGUUGGCAGCCAAGGCCAAGCUGCUCGCCUCCCGACAGUCAGCAUCCUCCUCGCUCGCAGCGACCUCGACCGCACUCCGCAACAUCAACGGCAAGCGAGCUCUGCAUGUCAUACCUGCAGACUCGACCAGUCCCACUGCACCCGACGUCUCUCGGUUUGAUGGCCCGAGCAUUCCGGGAGAGCACGAUACCUCAAAGACGGGCAGACUCGCUCGCUCGGGUCACAGUGCGGGAGCCCAUCAGGCUUUACAAGAUGCGAUCACCAACGGUCCAUCGACACAGAUGGGCGAUGCAAGCAGAGGCGGCACACGCUACGCCGUGCCCCGACCGCCCCGACCAGGACCAACAGCAAACCGAGAGGGCAGCGCAGCUUUGACGGGUCCUUUGAGACCUGCGUCCAUGGCCUCCCCGGACAAGGAAGCGCCCCUUCCGAAGCAUAUCGAGCUGAGUAGCUAUGUCGAGUACGACUUGUCUACGCUCAAGAACAGCAAGGGCGGCUUUCUCGUCGAUGACGAGGAGGAAGACGAGGUCACGCGACGACAGAGAGCACAAGCGGAUGCGCACCGCCUCAAACGCCUUCAGGAGAGUGAACGCAUGGGUCUCGGUCAGGAUCCGGCGCUCUCGACGGAUAGCCGUCAAAACUCAAAGUGCAACAUCUGCGGAACGAUCGAGCUCGACUUUCAGCUCAAGAAGAUCUUCGGCGUAUCUGUCUGUGCAAAGUGCAAGUAUGAGAACCCGGAGCGAUACAGCCUGCUUACAAAGACCGAAUGCAAAGAUGACUACCUCUUGACCGACCCCGAGCUGCGGGACGAAGAAUUGCUGCCCCAUCUGCUCAAGCCGAAUCCUCAUCGGAGCAAUUACUCCAAUAUGAUGCUCUUCCUGCGCGAGCAAGUCGAGGCCUAUGCCUUCAGCGACCGCAAGUGGGGCUCGCCAGAGGCACUCGACAAGGAGUUUGAGAGACGACAGGCGGAGAAGAAGGCCAAGAAGGGCAAGAAGUUUGAGGCCAAGCUGCUCGAUCUGAAGAAGAAGACGCGCACGAAUGUUUGGCACCGACGAAAGGAAGCAGAGCAUGUUCAUGAUUACACCGGUCCGAUCGUCAAGGACGCCGAAGGACAGCAAUGGCAGAGGUGCGCGGGAGAAGAUUGCGCAUUCAAGGUGCAAGUAGAAACUUUCUGACAUGCUGCUGGGUCCGCUGCAAUUUGUACAGAACACACUCAUUGUUGUUUCUACCAACGAGCGAGAAGUCUGUAUGGUCACCAGUCUGCAUCAGCUAGCCGCCUUCUUCUUCUUUUCGUCGGUGAUGUAGAUAUUGUCUUCCGGUAUUCUGCCACCGCCCAGUAUGGCAGCAAUCUUCGGGCUGGUAUCGAGUAGCAUCUCUUCGACCUCGUCUGCCACAUCGCCCUGGAUGACGAUCUCGUCCUCGCCUUGGGCAUUCUUAGCCACGCUGGCGCCAGUAGCGAAUCGAUUGGCAAAGAGCUUCGAGGCUUUCUUCAGA